AUGUCAACCAACCGCCCAUUCCUGGCCAACUUCCUGGCCGCCUUCCGCGCCCAGUCAACCUACAAAGCAACAUCUCAGCCCGUGGGCAGCGGCGGCACCUCAUCCCUCUCCACAACCCAAAUCUCCCAGAGCGCCCGCGCCAUCGCCACAAAAGCCGCCAACUCAGCGCAAGCAGCGGGCUCAUCUUCAAGCGGCUCAGGCUCAGGCUCGGCCUCUCACCAUUCGCACCACAACCACCAUACCCACUCCUCAUCGACAUCCGCAUCAGCGACUGGCACAGCGGGGCCCGUACAAGGUCCCGCCCCGGCCCCAGCCCAUCACUACCACCAUGCAACUGCCCAAGCCGAUUCCUCACUCCCUUCCUCGCCGCCGACGACUCCGGCUUCGUCCACCCCUAUUCCGAUCAACCGGAGCCCGGCUGAUCGCCAGCGUCGUGGCAGUGAUAGUUCCAGUGGCUCCGGUGGGUUCCGUGAUGCUAUUGGGCCUGAGAAAUGGUAUAUUGGGGGGCGGACACCUGCUGGUGAAGAGCGGUUUUACCGCCUUGGUAUGGUUACCAAGGGUGGCGGGCGGCUUGGGGGGAGUGGAAGGGUUGGGAGCAUUGAUCAGUUGAGUCUGUGA